CUCUUUAACUAUUUUCUUUUUUUUUUUUUUUGGGGACUCUGCGAGAUCCUUCCACAUGGGAAAUUGAUAAGGCUUCUGGGUGAUACCAGCUUUUGCAAGACUCGAGCAACGAAUUGCUGUACAUGUCGAUUUGAGAAAACUUAAAAAAGUUUAUUCGUAAUUUGCUAUGAAGAAACUUAUCCUCUCUAGUAAAUCAUUGGUUCUCUGUGAUGGCUCUGCCUGUUCGAAAGUUCGGGAUUUUGGUGGCUUUGUUCAUCGUACAUUAGCGUCUUGUCCGUUUGGUACCUCUGCAGCUCCGGCCCUUUUCUCUGAUUCGGAGUCUGGAGGAAAUGACUGCUACGCUUCUGGCGUAAUCCAAGAUAAGGACCUUCUGCGGAAGAGCUAUGGUGGUUCCGGAACGGGACUUCAUGUUUUGGACUUGAUUGACCGUGGUUCUUUGGAAGCUGAUCGGAUUCUUUACAAUACCUUGCUAAAGAGAUGCACCCAGAUGGGAAAGCUCAGAGAAGGAAGAAUCGUUCAUGCCCACAUCCUCAAUUCCCAGUUCAAGGAUGACCUCGUGAUGGGCAACACCAUACUUAACAUGUAUGCCAAAUGCGGUGGACUCAAGGAUGCUCGGACUUUGUUUGAUGAAAUGCCUGUUAAGGACAUGGUUACUUGGACUGCUUUGAUCACUGGCUAUUCUCAGAAUGAUCAACCUGAGGACGCUCUUGUUUUGUUUCCUCAAAUGCUACGACAUGGAUUGGAGCCCAACCAGUUCACUCUGUCCAGCCUGUUAAAGGCUUCCGGAGGCAGGCCAACGGACAAGCAUGGCAGGCAGCUUCAUGCAUAUUGUCUCAAGUAUGGUUUUGUUUCCAAUGUUUAUGUGGGCAGUUCUCUUGUGGACAUGUACGCUAGGUGCGGCCAUAUGGUUGAAGCUCAGUCAAUCUUUGAUGACAUUGUGAGCAAGAAUGAGGUGUCGUGGAACGCUUUGAUUGCUGGGCAUGCCAGGAAGGGUGAAGGAGAGCAUGCUUUCAGAUUGUUUUGGAAGAUGCAGAGGGAAGAUUUUAAACCUACUCAUUUCACCUAUUCUAGUAUUCUGGCUGCUUGUGCCAGUACAGGUUCUUUGGAGCAAGGGAAGUGGGUGCAUGCACAUAUGAUUAAGUCAGGUGGUAGACUUGUUGCUUUUGCUGGGAACACUCUACUUUACAUGUAUGCAAAGUCGGGUAGCAUUGAGGAUGCAAAAAAAGUUUUUGAUAGGUUGUUAAAGCAAGACUUGGUUUCUUGGAAUUCGAUCCUUACUGGAUAUGCACAACAUGGGCUUGCAAAGGAGACUUUACGGCAGUUUGAGGAAAUGCUGAGAAUCGGAAUUGAACCAAAUGAUAUAACUUUCCUUUGUGUUCUGACUGCUUGUAGCCAUGCUGGGCUUUUGGAUGAAGGACAGUAUUAUCUUGAAUUGAUGAAGAAAUACAAGGUUGAACCCCAGGUUUCACAUUAUGUGACAAUCGUUGAUCUUCUCGGCAGAGCAGGUCUUCUUGAUCGAGCUGAGAGGUUUAUAAAAGAAAUGCCUAUUGAACCCACUGCUGCUGUGUGGGGAGCCUUGCUUGGUGCUUGCAGGAUGCACAAGAAUAUGGAGUUGGGUGCUUAUGCUGCUGAACGUGUUUUUGAGCUUGACCCCCACGAUUCUGGGCCCCAUAUAUUGCUCUAUAAUAUCUAUGCCUCUGCCGGAAGAUGGGACGAUGCGGCAAAAGUGAGAAAGAUGAUGAAAGACAGUGGGGUGAAAAAGGAACCUGCUUGUAGUUGGGUCGAGAUUGAAAAUGCUGUCCACAUGUUUGUGGCAAAUGAUGAUGCUCAUCCACAGAGAGAAGAAAUCCAUAGGAUGUGGGAGAAUAUCCAAAGUAAAAUCAAGGAGAUUGGAUAUAUCCCAGACACCAGCCAUGUACUUUUGUUUGUAGACCAGCAGGAGAGGGAAGUAAAGUUGCAGUACCACAGUGAGAAGCUUGCUCUAGCAUUUUCCCUCCUGAACACUCCUCCUGGAUCCAGCAUUAGGAUCAAGAAGAACAUAAGAGUUUGUGGUGAUUGUCAUUCAGCAAUCAAGUAUGUCUCAAAGGUGGUAGGAAGAGAAAUCAUCUUGAGAGAUACCAACCGGUUCCAUCAUUUUCGUGAUGGCUCUUGCUCUUGUGGGGAUUAUUGGUAGAGCUAAUUUCAGUGCCUAUUAUCACUCCUAAGAAUCUGAAUGGAAAGUGGAUUUGCUAAAUGGAUAUAUUGACCCAUUAUAAGUGGCCAAUUGAGUCGUUAGUUUCAAAUCAACUCUCUAGUUUUGGAAAAGUGAUAAGAGGCUUGAAUAUAUAAUCAGUUGGCUGGUCUGGCCAAAUGUGCCUUUUGAAACAACUACAUGAAUUGGCAGUUAUGGUAUUUGUAACCUACGAUAGGCGCAGGGAAGAAGGGGAAGAAACUGGAAUGCUAUAAACAUUGAGUAGACAUGAUCCUGGACACUAGGAGAUGGAGAUACAUGAUAAUGAUACGAAAAUUCAAAUGCAAGUAUUUGUUCUUUAUUGAAGGUAGCCGGCAACCUGUAAGGUUUCAUAUAUUUCUAACAGUCAAGGCUUCCCAGGAAAGCUCGCUCAGAGUUGGGGAAAAUUAUUCAUUAUAUCAGAAUAGCAAAAAUUGUCUCCUACAUAAGAACCAUGAUGUCCGGGGAAACCACCUCAUUUCCCAUAUACAAUAGAAGAUAUCAGCACCAUUACCGGAACUCGUAGAAUUAACAGGCUGCAGAUUGAUGAGGAAAGGAAAUAGAAGGAAACAUGAAAGAAAAGAAAAAAGAAAAAAAUCUUAUUGUAUGAAUUCUUUUUGGUUUUUGCGUGAUUCUUUAUAAAUUUCAGCGUAGUAUGAAAAAAUUAAUUGUUGGUUUUGUUUACCAUUAAAGAAACGUUAAUGCCUUUCUGUGUGCUAUGAUUUCCGCGUCUGAAAUUUGCCAUACUACUCGUAAUGACUUCUCUUAAUGCACCUAGCAUAAUGCCAAUAUAUAUAAAACCUUCUAACAAACUGAAUUCAUAAAGAAGGUAAGGUGUGAUGGCUUCUGCUAUCGCUCGAACAAAACUUGCUAUUAUUUAGAGUUUGUCCAUGCCCACAUGAAUUCUUCAAAUGCGGUCAAGAUAAUGUCAAUCUACGGGUACCAACCUCCUCCUCCCACCACCCCAAACAAGAAAUUUCAUAAAAGAAGGAAACCUUUUUGAACUGUUAUCUGCUUUUACACAAUUCCUGCAAACAAACACAGUGAAACAGUUUGAUUCUACUCUGAUAAUCCCAAGUUCACAAACUAUCUUUCUUCUUUAAAUAUUAGAGCCAUUGGGAUUUGGUUUUGAGUAAUUUAGAGGAGACAAAAUUAGGAGAUGACAGGAAAAUGGGGAGGGUGUAAUAGUGGAAAAAUCAGCAAAGUGAGACAAAUCGCAGAGGAAAGAAAGAGAAAAACGAAAAAGACGGGUAAAAUUUUUCAAAUGGGUAAUUGGUUUUUUUUUUUUUUUUUUUUUUUUUUUUUUGCCUUGUGGAAUUGGAAAGCUAAAAAUAGAUAGACAGAGAGAGGGAGAGAGAGAGAGAGAGAGAGAGAAGAGAAGAGAGAAAGGAACGCAAAAGAAGGAAAACUAAAACAACCCAUCUGUUUCAUUUCAUUCAUGCUGUGAGAGAAAGAGAAAGAGAAGGAACAGGCAAAAAGCGUGAGAUGGUACUCUGUGUGUGGUGCGAGACGGUUUAGCUUAAAAUCGCAUAGCGUGUGAAGCAAAGCUCCCCAUUCUAAUCAUCAUCAUCAUUCUUCAGCAAAACGUUUUUACAUUGCAAUCCAAAACAGCUUCCAUUUAAAAAAAAAAAAAAAAAAAAGGUACAGCAAUGGAGCAGGACAGCAAGAAGAGAGUAAGAGAAGGAGAUCAUCAUCAGGACCAGAAAGAUGUUUCAAAUUCAAAGAGACAUGCAAAGAAGCAAGAAGGUCUGAAUUCAGCUGUCUGGGAAGAUUACAAAGACGAAGACGACCACAACAAAAGGACGUCGGAGGAGUCAGAUUUGGCAGUUGGAGUGUUCGAUUUCCCAUGGCUGAAAGAUGGUGUGGUGUCGAAAUCAGAGGAAUGGAGAUUCGAAGACGUGUUCUCGUCGCCGUUGGAUGAGACAUCGUCGACGACGACGUCCUCCACGAUCACUACCAGUGCUGGUUUUGAGUUUGAGUUUUCCGGGCAGUGUUUGUGUCAGUCGCCGGAGGCUUUGCUUGAUUUUCCGGAGGAGGACAAGUUUGAGGAAACAGAGAGCGUGGAUUGCAUUUGGAGCUCUCUGCUUAAUCAGCCUCUUCAACAGCCAAACUGAUUUUUUAUUUUAUUUUGUUUUUUAAUUUUUGGGCGUUUACUGUAUAUUAGAAGAAACCUGGACACAAACAUAUUGUAAAACCAGAAUUCUGCCAUGGAAAGUUUUGGGGAAAAAAAGAAAAAGAAAAAUUACUCCUUUUUUGUUUUUUC